CGAACCAAAGUAUCUAAUUUUCCCAAAACCUUUAUUACACACCCUAUAUAUAUACACACACAUACAUAUCUCCUCCCAAGAAACAUACAUCAGUACAUUACAGUAAACUUGCACAAACAGAAACAAGAAAUUCAAAAACUUCCUCAACCCCCCCGCAGCACCAUGAGAACCAGCAACCACCUAAUCGGCUUCCUUAACUUCCUCACUUUCCUCCUUUCAAUCCCCAUCCUAGGCGGCGGCAUAUGGCUGAGCAGCCGUGCCAACAACACCGACUGCAUGAAGUUCCUCCAGUGGCCAGUCAUCAUCAUCGGCGUUGCCAUAAUGGUCGUCUCCCUUGCCGGCUUCGCCGGCGCUUGCUACCGCAACAACUUCCUCAUGUACCUCUACCUGUGGGCCAUGUUCUUUAUCGUCGCCGCCCUCAUAGGCUUCGUCAUCUUUGCCUACGCCGUUACCGACAAGGGCUCAGGCCAGCCCGUCCUGAACCGGGUUUACCUCGACUACUCGCUCCGGGAUUACUCAGGUACUUGGCUCGCGGAUCGGGUGGCGAGUGAGAGCUACUGGAGUAAGAUCAGUUCUUGCAUAAGGGACUCUCAUGUGUGUCGGAAGAUGGGCAGGACUUUUGCGGGUGUUCCUGAGUCCGCCGAGAUGUUCUACCUCAGAAAACUCAGUCCUAUUGAGUCCGGAUGUUGCAAACCCCCCACAUCAUGUGGCUUCACGUACAUAAACGAGACAGUCUGGAACCCCGGAGGUGGACUCGUGGGAAGCGACCCCGAUUGCUUGCGGUGGAGCAACGACCAAGAACAACUAUGCUACAACUGCGACUCUUGUAAAGCCGGCGUGUUAGCCAGCUUGAAGAAGAGCUGGAGGAAAGUCUCAGUCAUCAAUAUCGUCAUACUGAUCCUCCUCGUUAUACUGUACGUCGUUGCCUGCGCAGCUUUCAGGCACAACAAACGGAUCGACAAUGACGAGCCUUACGGCGAGACCCGGAUGGAGAAGGCACAGCCCAGCAGGAUACAUUUUUAGAAGCUUUCACCAGAGGAAUGAAUUAUUGAAAUUUUAAGAUCAUUUUCAAGCACAGUGUGGGAAUUGCAGUUUGUUUAGUUUUUAGUAGAUGGAAAAGGGACUUGUAAUUGCUGUGGUUCUCUUGACUCUCUUUUAAAGAAAAAUUUGCCUUUUGUAUA